AUGGAACAAAAUCCUAACAGGGACUACGAUCUCACAGCCCCAAUCGCUUCCACGUCUGGACUUCGCCAGGGUCUGACAUCAUAUGGAGAUGCUCAUUUCUCCCUCUUUCUCCGCAAAGUGUUUAUCAAGGCACUGGGGUAUUCAGAGGAUGCGCUUUCACGUCCAAUCGUGGGGAUUAUCAACACUUUCUCAGGGUUCAAUCCCUGCCAUGCCAAUGUGCCCCAGCUCAUUGAGGCUGCCAAGCGCGGCGUGCAACUAAAUGGAGGACUGGCAAUGGAAUUUCCUACCAUUAGUGUGGCCGAAUCAUUCUCUCAUCCGACCAGCAUGUUCUUGCGCAAUCUUAUGAGCAUGGAUACCGAGGAGAUGAUACGGGCCCAGCCGGUGGAUGCUUGUAUAAUGAUCGGGGGGUGUGAUAAAACCGUUCCUGCUCAGUUGAUGGGUGGCAUCUCUGCCAACAAGCCAAUCCUACCACUGAUCACCGGCCCAAUGCUGCCAGGAAGCCACCGCGGUCAGCGCAUUGGAGCUUGCACCGAUUGCCGAAACAACUGGGCGGCUUUUCGAGCGAGUGAAAUUGACGUCGAGGAAAUAUCGGCCAUUAACGAAGAGCUUGCUCCAACGAUAGGGACAUGCGGUGUCAUGGGGACUGCUAGUACAAUGGCUUGUGUGACUGCUGCGUUGGGAAUGAUGCCGCUCCGGGGUGCAACUGCACCAGCAGUAUCAUCCGCGAGACUGCGAAUUGCCGAGGAGACUGGCGCAAAUGCAGUCGCAAUUGCGAGGUCUAAGAAAAAGCCACAAGAAAUAUUGACAAAGGAAUCAUUCUGGAAUGCCAUCACAGUGCUCCAGGCUAUUGGGGGUUCGACAAAUGCGGUUGUUCAUCUGCUCGCUAUUGCAAAUAGGCAUCCAGAACUGCAGGGAGUCAUUACUUUAGAUACUAUUGAGGAGAUUGGCCGCAGAACUCCGCUGUUGAUCGAUCUCAAACCGAGUGGCGAUAACUAUAUGAAUGAUUUUCACAAUGCAGGAGGCAUGAUGGCGCUGUUGCAGGUGCUUCGACCCCUGCUCCAUUUAUCUGCUGUGACAGUCACUGGGAAAACGCUGGGUGAAGUCCUGGAUGCGUCCCAAUCCAAGCGACUUUCCUUUGCGCAAGAGAUUAUUCGGCCAAUGUCAGACCCUUUGUUUCCCGCGUCAUCCCUGGCUGUUCUGCGCGGCAAUCUUGCCCCAGACGGAGCGGUCCUCAAAGCCUCAGCGUCAAAAUAUCGGCACUUACUCUCGCACAAUGGACCGGCUGUAGUAUUUGAGAAUUCGGCCGACCUUGCUCAACGGAUCGAUGAUCCAAACCUUGUUGUGACGAAGGAUAGUGUGCUGAUCCUGAAAAACAUUGGUCCGGUUGGCAACCCAGGUAUGCCGGAGGCUGGCCUUAUACCGAUUCCAAAGAAGCUAGCAGAAACAGGAGUGAAGGAUAUGCUACGACUUUCUGAUGGUCGAAUGUCAGGGACCGCGGGCGGAACCAUUAUCCUCCAUAUCUCGCCUGAAGCUGCACUGCCAGAGUCACCAUUUGGUGUGGUGGAAACAGGUGACUUGAUAAUUUGCGAUAUUGAGUCUAGGAAGUUGCACUUGGAAGUUCCCGAGGCAGUAUUACAGACUCGAAUCGAGAAACGCAGGCAGAGCCUUGUAGAAGAGACGCAGGCAAGAAAGCAGAGGAGAGGCUACCGCGGGUUGUAUGAGCGGUCGGUGAAUCAAGCACAAGAGGGAGCAGACUUUGAUUUCUUGACAGCUGGAGACACACCCGGCACAACGAUAUUGGCCUACACACCUGACGGACGACGGAUCAUUACCGGUGGUUCCAAUUCGGCAAUUCGUAUCUACACGGUCGGCGAAGAUGGGGAGCCUAAGACUAUCGACGAAGGUGUUGACGCGCAUUUCGGCAUUGGUGCUACGAAUCGGUCUUUCGUCAUGGGCGCCGAGGAUGGAACAGUCUGGAAGUACGACAUUAUGUCGGGCAAGAUGCAAAACUUGCUUGUACGAUGCGCUUUGCCGGUCAGGGAUAUUGCAGUGACGAGAGACGGAGAAUGGGUCGCGGUAGCAAGCGAUGAGCUCACUGUCAAGAUCGUGAAAGUCGACGACAUGACGCAAGUCAAGUAUCUUCGGGAGCAGUCCAAGGGAACGAAACAUGUCACAUUCGAUCCCAGUGGCCGAUAUGCGACAGUAUCCGGAACAGAUGGAAUCCUCUAUAUAUACUCCAUGCACGAAGAAGAGCCGGAGCUAGUUCGCAAACUCGAUGGAGUGAUUCGACGACUGGAGCCAGAUGCCGAGGCAACGUCGAGAGCAGUGUGGCAUCCGGAUGGUACUGCGUUUGCUUGCGCGGAAGCGACCAGAGAUAUCUCUAUCUACUCAACCUCGGAGUGGAAGAAAGAGAAAACAUUUGCUGGUCAUACCGGCGACAUCACGGCCUUGAGCUGGGCCCCGAACGGUUCUCUUCUGGCGUCUGCAGCGUCAGAUGGAUAUAUUGUGCUAUGGGAAGCGAAAACACAGAAGAUCUUGCAGCGAUAUGAUUUUGGAAAUGUGAUGAACCUAUCCUGGCACCCGACCAAGAAUUCUCUUUCAUUCACAACUUCAGACGGAGAGCUUUUCAUCUACGAUAACUUUGUGCCGAAGGAUCACGAGUCUUUGCUGCAGAAGCCGCUACAGGCUGCUCCUAUCUUGCCCGGGCCUCUGGGCGAGAUCUCCAACAAUGUUGGGCGAACCACACUGGCGGAGCGGUCCAAAGAGGCGAUCCAGCGAGGGGCGAGAAGAGGAACUCCAGACUCGUUAGAUGAUAUUCUUGGCGAAGAUGAACAGAUGCUGGAUUUUGUCGAGGAUGAUGAUGGGGCUGGCUACGCCGAUGAAGAGCUAAAUCUGUAUGGCAAGCGGCCACACGAUGAUCUCGAUGAUCUCGGUGGCAGUAGCAAGCGCGUGCACUCUGGCUUCGAGAAGCCCAAGGCCCAUCCACCUCUUCAACCCGGUAGCACUCCUUGGGCUGGGAGUAGGAGAUAUCUCUGCCUGAACUUGAUGGGAGCUGUCUGGACGGUGGACCAGGAGACACAUCACACCGUUACUGUAGAAUUCUAUGACCGAGAAGCUCAUCGAGACUUCCACUUUACUGAUCCAUAUAUGUAUGACAAGGCUUGUCUGAAUGACAACGGAACACUUUUUGCCAAUAACCCUUCGGAUGGUAGCCCAGCCACUAUCUUCUACCGGCCACACGAGACUUGGACUGCGCGAGCAGACUGGCGGACUGAAUUGCCCGAGGGAGAACAAAUUCGAGCUCUGGCACUGAGCGAUUCAUACAUUUUCGCUGUGACAUCAAAGGAUUAUGUUCGAGUGUACACGCUUUUUGGUACUCCUUUCAAGGUGUAUCGUCAGAAGAGCCAAGCCGUGACUUGCGCGGCGUGGCGCGACUACAUUAUGAGUAUCGGAACCGGCCCUAUAGGGAUUGAUGGCCACACGACCUUACGAUACACGGUGGAGAAUGUCAAGCGUGACGAGAUAUGCCAAAACGAAGACACUGUCGCCCUUCCGGAAGGGGCUUCGCUACAGAGUGUGUUCUUCUCCGAUAAUGGGGAUCCUUGUAUCUAUGACUCGACUGGCGUCCUACUAAUUCUGCAACACUGGCGCGCACCCGGCCAAGCCCGAUGGGUACCACUCCUGGACACGAAGCAACUUGCACGUCUCGCGGGAGGACGGAAAGAAGAGACAUAUUGGCCAGUGGCUGUCGCGCAAGACAAGUUCCACUGUAUCAUUCUCAAGGGUGGCGACAAGAACCCUUACUUCCCGCGGCCACUGCUCAGUGAAUUCGACUUCCAGAUCCCGGUUGCCAGCGCUCAUCCGAAGGAUUCCAGCGUAUCCGACGACACAGUAGCCGAGGGUGCCCGUUUCGAGGAAUCAUUCGUGCGUGGAAACGUACUUUUGUCUCUUUUCCGCGAUCUUAUCUCGUCGACCAACGCGACGGCAAGCCAACGCUCUGACUUGGCGCGGAGGGAGCUCGACUUGGAUAAGAACUUGCUGCAGAUGCUGGCCAUUGAAUGCAGAGACGGCGAGGAGCGCGGUAUGAAGGCGCUGGAGCUUGUGGCCUUGAUGACGGACCGCAACGGUAAAAUGCUCGAGGCGGCCGCUAAAGUUGCACAGCGUUAUGGACGUGGUGUUCUAGAGGACAAGAUCCGCGAUCUGGCUGAGCGGCGUGUUAUGGGAAUGGGAGACGAUGAUGAACUGGCUUGA